UUUAUUCCAUGGAUGAUAUGCACUGAAUGUGCCAAAUGACUUAAUAAAAAGUCCCUUUAAUAUUAUUACUUAGUAUACAGUGUAUGUGACAAAAAUGACUUAAUUAAUAAUCAAAAUCAACUCAUUGAGUCUUGACUCUUGUUUUUUCUUGCUAAAACUGAAAUCUCUUUGAAUCAAAGUUUUUAAAUUUUUGAUUGAUCUUGCAUUUUAAACUCCUCUUUCUUUCUAAUUUUGCUGCAAAAUUUAGAAACUUUGAUUUGAAGUGGUUGUAAAUUAUAUAUAUUCUUUUCACUAUAUGACUUCAACUGUUUCUUGGAAAGUCUUGUUCUUUGAAUUUUGUUAGUUAGUUAGAUUGAAGUGAAGUGAAAUUUCACUGGAAAAAGAUGAACUUUUUUACUUCAUUUUUGUUUCUCUGUUUGUUUUCCACCAUCUCUCUAGUGGAUUCUGUUACUCUACCCCCAAAUGAAGUUUGGGCGCUUACAAGCUUCAAAGAAUCUAUCUAUGAAGACCCUUAUCUAGCUUUAUCCAAUUGGAAUUCAUUGGAAUCAGAUCUUUGUAAUUGGGUUGGUGUCUCAUGCACUAUGGCACGAGAUCAUGUCAUCAAACUAAACAUGUCAGGUUCAUCAUUAAAAGGGUUUCUUGCAAGGGAGUUAGGGCUAAUAACCUAUUUGCAAGAACUAAUUUUGCACGGUAACAAUCUAAUUGGAACGAUACCGAAAGAAUUGUGUGUGUUGAAAUCUCUCAAGGUGUUGGAUUUGGGAAUGAAUCAGUUAACAGGACCAAUUCCUCAGGAGAUUGGCAAUUUAACCCAACUUGUGAACAUAAACCUGCAGUCCAAUGGGUUUGCCGGUAGGCUACCUCCUGUGCUUGGAAAUUUGAGAUACCUUCAAGAAAUUCGGCUGGAUAGAAAUAGGCUUCAAGGACCCAUUCCUGCGAGCGGCAGUUAUAGUUUUGCUUCAAAUAUGCGUGGGAUGUAUGUGUCAAAUGAUAAUGUAACUGGCUUCUGUCGUUCACCUCAGUUAAAAGUAGCAGACUUUUCAUAUAAUUUUUUAGUUGGCAGCAUACCAAAAUGCUUGGAGUAUCUUCCAAGGUCAAGCUUUCAAGGAAACUGCCUCCAGAGCAAUGAUCCAAAGCAGCGGCCUCCCGCACAAUGCGCUGGUGCUUCAGCUGCCAGGAGUCAGCCAGUGAUGAACAACCAAUACCACCGACUAGAUGAUCGCCUACCCAAGCAUCACCGAGCAACAGAACCUACAUGGCUUUUGGCUCUAGAAAUAGUAUCAGGAACUAUGGUCGGUUCUCUCUUUCUGGUCGCUCUUCUCGCUGCUUUCCAGAGAUGCAACAACAAAUCAUCUAUCAUUAUUCCUUGGAAAAAAUCAGCCAGUCAGAAAGAUCAGACUACAGUAUAUAUAGACCCUGAGAUGUUGAAAGACGUGAGAAGGUAUAGCAGACAAGAGCUCGAAGAGGCUUGCGAAGACUUCAGCAAUAUAAUUGGGUCCUCGCCGGACAGUGUGGUCUACAAGGGAACCAUGAAAGGUGGGCCCGAGAUUGCUGUAAUUUCCCUCUGCAUCAAGGAAGAGCAUUGGACAGGAUAUCUGGAACUCUACUUUCAGAGAGAGGUGGCAGAAUUGGCAAGGUUAAAUCAUGAGAAUACUGGAAAACUACUGGGAUAUUGUAGAGAGAGCAAUCCUUUUUCAAGGAUGUUGGUUUUUGAUUAUGCUUCGAAUGGGACACUUCACGACCACCUACAUUGUUAUGAAGAAGGAUGCCAGUUCUCCUGGACAAGGCGUAUGAAAAUUGUCAUUGGCAUUGCACGUGGACUAAAGUACUUGCACACAGAAGUUGAACCUCCAUUCACUAUCUCAGAACUGAAUUCUAGUGCUGUAUACCUUACAGAAGAAUUUUCCCCUAAGUUGAUUGAUUUUGAAAGUUGGAAGACAAUUCUUGAAAGAUCAGAAAAGAAUUCUGGUACUAUUAGCAGCCAAGGUGCUGUUUGUGUUCUUCCAAACUCCCUUGAGGCACGCCAUCUCGAUACCAAAGGAAACGUAUAUGCUUUUGGAGUACUUCUACUCGAGAUAAUCAGCGGGAGGCCUCCAUAUUGUAAGGAAAAAGGUUACUUGGUCGACUGGGCCAAAGACUAUCUUGAAAAGCCAGAAGUAAUGUCACAUUUGGUGAAUCCAGAAUUGAAAAUUUUUAGACAUGAUGAUCUCAAAGUGAUAUGCGAGGUGAUUAGGCUUUGUAUCAAUCCUGAUACAACUGCGCGUCCAUCUAUGCAGGAAAUAUGUAGCAUGAUGGAGAGCAGAAUCGACACAUCAGUAAGCGUGGAACUCAAGUCAUCAUCUUUGGCUUGGGCUGAACUUGCACUUUUAGCAUAAUAAUAUAGUCAACUCAAAACUAACAAAUCUGCAUUAAAGCAUAGAUAUACACAAGUUAUAUUUUUCCAGCUACUUUCUUUCUGAUAUUUUCCUCUUCAAUUUUAUUUUUACUGUAAAUAAUUGCUCCAAAAGGGUACACGUGUUAGGCUUUAGUACCACAAGGUCUCAUUGUAUAGCACUAGCCUAUUUGUAGAAGUUCAUAAAUUGUUAAAUAGAAGAAGAUUGUAUUGGAAAAGUGUUUCCUUUUAUGCACUAUCUGGAGCAUUGUGUUAUUCUUCUUAUGCCUCUUCAGACAUUAUAUCAGAUAUUUUCGAUUAACAA